AUGUAAAGCGUUAAACAUUUUUGGUAGCGGAAGCGGCUUCUCUAUACUGGAAAGUUAAUGUUAUUUAUGAAUAAUUUUUGAAAAAUCUCCCGAACAAAUCUGAAACUGGAAAAUGGCAGACAGUGAUGAUGAGUAUGACCGAAAACGCCGGGACAAAUUUCGUGGAGAAAGGGCGGAAGCAAGUUAUAGAGGCACCGAAAGAGUUGCGAGACCAAGGGAUGAUUGGGCAGAAAGGGAUUCCUGGUCACGCCCUAGGCCACGGGAGUAUAGACCUGGAGUAAGAGAUAGAGGUUAUUCCCCAAGUCUGGAGCCUCAACCAAAAAGGAUUCGACAUGAUUAUUAUGGCGAUAAUUAUUAUAAUCACUACAAUUCAUAUCAUCAACCAGCUCACAGAGGUUAUUUCUUCAGAGAUCCCCCGUCCUCCUCGCAAAUCGAGGGCCAACAGCCCCCCAUGAUGUCCUUUAAGGCCUUCCUGGCCACCCAGGACGAUAACAUUUCCGACAGCGAGGCCAUUGAAAAAUAUAACGAUUACAAACUGGAGUUUCAGAGGCAGCAACUUAACGAAUUCUUUGUUGCCCAUAAAGAUGACGAAUGGUUCCGCCUCAAGUACCACCCGGAAGAUUCCGUAAGGAGGAAGGAUGAACAAGCGGCAGCGCUGAAGAAAAGAGUGGAGGUAUUCUUGGACCUGCUGAGGAACGGAAAAAUCGGAAACAUUUCCGUGGAUUGCGCGAAAACCAACGAGUUGUUGAAACUUCUCGACACAGUCGUGAUUAAACUAGAGGGCGGCACCGACGAGGACUUGGCUCUGCUGGAGCAGGAAUACGAAGAAAUGGAACAAAAGUAUAGGGAACAGAAGGCUAAAGAAGCGGAGGCCGAGAAAGCCAAGGAGGCCAGAGAGGCGGAGGCGAAUAUCAAGAAGGAAGAAGGCGAGCUCGACUCUGAAAAGACCAAGCAGGGAGAAGAGAACAAGCAAAACGGCGAGGUCGACGAUUCGAAAGAAGAGGCCGGGGAAAUCACUAACGACAAAGACGAGGAGCCUGAGAAGGAAAACGAGGAGGAGAAGAAAGACGAGGAGAAGCCUGUAGAAGAGAAGGAGGCUGAGGAGGAGGAAGAAGGAGAAGAGCCUAAGGAGAAGGAGGACGAAAGUAAGGAAGCCGAGGAGAACGAAAAAGAUGAGAAAAUGGAGGUGGAGGAGAAGAAAUCCGAGGAAGAAGAGGGCGAGGCUAAAGAGAAGAAAAGGAAAAGGUCGUACUCGGGCAGCAGCAGCGGCUCCUCGAGCAGCAGCAGCGACAGCGAGGAGGAGGCCGAGAAGAAAGACAAAGACGAGAAGGAGACGGAGAAAGAGCCCGUCGAGAAGAAGGAAGAGGACGUCCACUCGGUGGACGAGGACGUCGCCAAACCGGAAAAGCCCAAGUCCCUCCACAAGACCACCUCCAUAUUCCUCCGUAACCUGGCUCCCACCAUCACCAAGCAGGAGGUCGAGGCGAUGUGUUCGAGAUACGACGGCUUCCUCCGCGUCGCCCUGGCCGAUCCGCAGCCGGAGAGACGUUGGUUGCGCAGGGGAUGGGUGACGUUCAAGAGAGACGCCAACAUCAAGGAGAUAUGCUGGAACCUGAACAAUAUCAGGUUGAGGGAGUGCGAGCUGGGGGCGAUAGUGAACAGGGAUUUGAGUCGACGUAUCAGGCCGGUGAACGGCAUAAUGGCCCACAAGCAGGUGGUUCGGUCGGAUAUUAGGAUAUCCGCUAGGGUGGCGUUGCACUUGGACAACAGAGCCGGGUUGUGGCUGGACCAGGACGAUAAGAAAGACAAGCCGCAGCAGACGUUCGGUCUGGUGUCGAACAAUCCCGUUCUACACAACAUCACCGACUACCUCAUAGAGGAGGCCAGCGCGGAAGAAGAGGAACUGUUGGGCAUAGAGCACGCCGUUGAAUCUCAGGAUGCGAUAACGACAGUCGAGAGGGACGAGAGUUUGAUAUCGGUACUCGAUCGUAUAAUUCUCUACCUGAGAGUUGUACAUUCGGUCGACUACUACAACCACUGCGAGUACCCCAACGAGGACGAGAUGCCCAACAGGUGCGGGAUCCUUCACGCGAGAGGGCCUCCGCCGACUUCGAAGACGGACAUGACGCAAUUCAUAGGCGCUCCGAUAGAGACGAAGAUGGCCAGUUUCCUGCCAGAAAAGCCGAAGGAGGACAAGGACAAGAACGAAUCGAAGCUGAUCAGUUUAUCGUUGAAGGACGUCGAUACGGAAAUCGACAAAUUCGUUCAGGCCAACACCAGGGAAUUGGCCAAGGACAAGUGGUUGUGUCCUCUGUCGGGGAAGAAAUUUAAAGGUCCGGACUUUGUGAGGAAGCACAUAUUCAACAAGCACGGCGAAAAGAUCGAGGAGGUGAAGAAGGAAGUGGAGUUCUUCAACAACUACCUGCGGGACCCGAAGAGGCCGAUGUUGGCGGAGGCGCCGCAGCCGAAACGCGAGGAGACGCCAACGUUUAGUCAUCCGAGCAGUUACGGUGCAGGUUACGGGGCGCCGGGUUACGGUAGGCCGCCGCCGUAUUACAACCAAAGCUUCGCCCCAAGGUCAAGAGGAUACCAGCAAAGGACAAGAGGUGGUCCCACGGAUUUCAGGCCCGUUAUACAUUACAGGGACCUGGACGCGCCCCGAGAACCAGAAGAAUUUAUUUAGCAAUUAGAAUAUUACUACUAUUUGUAUGGUGACAGUGUUUAUUAAUUUUAAAUUAAUUUUCUGUAGCGUUAAAAGAUUUUUUAUUUCAGCUUUACGAUUAAAUAAAGCUAUACAAAUUUA